UGUCAAGUGACCUUCACUUCAAGAAGGCUGGUUUAUCGUACUUGCAAUGUAAAGAUGCCUGCACUUUAAUGUCAAAAAGUUUAGCAGUGAUGCAAGCAGGUUUCAAAUGUUAUUGCGGCAGUAGUUUGAACAUAGCUGGUAACAUCCCAGUGGAAGAUUGCAAGAAAGGCCAUUACGGAUCCAACCUUAUAUUUGAUGACUGUGACAUGCAAGAUGAUUUUUGCAAUAAAGUCAAUGGAACUUUAAACCUCAUUACAACAACUUCCAAAGCUACCAAACAUGACAUUUAUGAUACAAAUUCUACUGAGACUUUAGAAACCAUCGUCAUUAUCAAGCCUUCCGACGAAUCCACAAACAUCACAUCAUUGCAAACGCAGCUUUACGAUUCUUACAACAUAUAUUUGGUCAUCACGUCAGGUGUGACCACCAUCGCCUUCCUCUUCAUGCUAGCUCUUUUAGUUAGAGAACUGAAGUUAAAACGUGUGAUACCAAAAAGAACAAGCGAAACCUCAGGCAGAAGCGCAAGGAUUUCAAGCAGCAGUGAAGUUAGAUCCUCAAGAAAUAGUUUGAGUGUGAAUAAUACUGAAGCAAUAUAA